AUGGCUGACUCUCCUGCUACUGUCCACCUUCUGUGGUUGGGGGAAGAGGAAGAUGUCACAGAUUCCAAUUUGAUGGAGGAGCAGAGAGCAACCAAGGCCAGGUACCCUCCAGUCAAUUGGAAGUACGAAUAUUUGGACCAUACAGCUGAUGUCCAGUUACACGCAUGGGAAGAUACACUGGAGGAAGCAUUUGAGCAGUGUGCAAUGGUCAAUUUUGGUUACAUGACAGAUGGGACUGUGGAAUCACUCCACACAAUAGAGGUAGAAACUCAAGAUGACUUACAGUCUCUUCUGUUUCACUUUUUGGAUGAGUGGCUUUAUAAGUUCAGUGCUGAUGAAUACUUCAUACCCCGGGAAGUGAAAGUACUUAAUAUUAAUCAAAGAAAUUUCAGAAUAUGGUCAGUUGGGUGGGAAGAAGAAUUUUCACUGUCUAAGCACCCUGAGGGAACAGAAGUUAAAGCAAUAACAUACUCAGCAAUGCAAGUGUACAAUAAAGAGAAGCCAGAAGUCUUUGUGAUCAUUGACAUUUAAAAAUAACAAAAAGAAAAAAGGAAAGACUCCUAUGAAGAGCUGAUAGCUUUUCUUCCUUCUGAGAAGAUAUAAUGAUUUGAUUUCUAGAGUAUUUUUUUGCCAAGUGGAAACUUAAUGAAAAGAAAAUUUUAACUUCCAGUUUCACUUUCAGAAACAGAGAAUCAGCAUAC